AUGUUGAUUAAUGAUGUCAAGAAGGUGGCUAUUUGGGUUAGAAUGUAUGGCAUUCCUUUUGAGUUUUGGACUCCAAAAGGCCUUAGCUACAUAGCAAGUGCUAUUGGAACUCCUCUUUAUGCGGAUUCUAUCACUGAAGAAGAGACAAGGCUGGAUUAUGCAAGAAUUUGCAUUGAGAUCAAAGUGGAUACGGAAUGCCCUGAUUCCAUUUGCUUAACAUUGCCGAAUGGUGAAUGCAUGGUGAUCAAUGUAGAAUAUAGUUGGAAACCUCUAAAAUGCAAUGUAUGCCAAUGUUUUGGACACUCUACAGCCAACUGUUCCUUUGCUUCUAAGCUAGAAGGCAGCUCAUCAUCACAAAAAAUUUUAAAGGAUGAGGCUGGAACGGUGGUGUCUAAGAAACAAAAUAGGAAAGAUAACAUGAUGCAAGAGGUAAAAGGUUAUGACAAGAAGGCCAAAGGCAAAGGGGUGGAGAUACAAAAACCGGUGGUAAUCACUCAUAAAAGUAAUAGAUUCUCGGUGUUAGCUAUUAAGGAGUCCCAUGAGCAAGACAAAAGAAGUAUAGUGAUGCAUGAGGAGGGGAAUUUGGAGAGAACCACUGAUGCAAGUGGAAAUGUUCUAGAGUGUGAUGAAACUUCCAUAAGUGUUGUGGAGGACAUGGAUAAUGAAGCCUCUCCGACAAUAGUCCCAUUUGGUGGAAAGCUGAAGGUGGAUGAGAUGGAUCUUAGGAAGAAGGAUGCGGAUUUGAAGAGUAUGAAUUUGGGGAAGAAAUUGGCAAAGCUAAAGAAAGCAAAUUCCUCUCCCCCAUUAUCCAAAUGA